UGGGACUUGAGACGCUCCUGAAAGGAGCCCACGUUGCGGCGUCUGAGGGGGAAAGUGUGGCAUUAUGGCUUCUGUGUUGUCCUACGAAAGCCUGGUGCAUGCCGUGGCCAGAGCCGUGGGAAGUGUGACUGCUAUGACAGUGUUCUUUCCCUUGGAUACUGCUAGACUUCGACUUUAGGUUGAUGAGAAAAGAAAGUCAAAAACUAUGCAUGCAGUGCUCCCGGAGAUUAUUAAAGAAGGCCUCCUGGCACCAUACCGAGGGUGGUUUCCAGUUAUCUUCAGUCUCUGCUGCUCCAAUUUUGUCUAUUUCUACACUUUUAAUAGCCUCACAGUAUGGGUCAAAGGUCUACGUUCUUCUACAGGAAAAGAUCUAGUGGUUGGAUUUGUUGCAGGAGUGGUGAAUGUGCUGCUGACAACUCCACUCUGGGUGGUGAACACCAGACUGAAGCUGCAAAAGGCCAAAUUUCAGAAUGAAGACAUUAUACCAACUAACUACAAAGGCAUUAUCGAUGCAUUCCACCAGAUUAUUCGAGAUGAAGGAGUCUUGGCUCUGUGGAAUGGCACCUUUUCCUCCUUGCUGUUGGUCUUCAACCCUGCCAUCCAGUUCAUGUUCUACGAAGGCUUAAAACGGCAGCUUUUAAAGAAGCGGAUGAAGCUCUCCUCUCUGGAUGUGUUCAUCAUUGGGUCAGUAGCCAAAGCGGUGGCCACCACAGUCACCUACCCCAUGCAGACGGUGCAGUCGAUUCUGAGGUUUGGACGUCAUAGACUAACCCCAGAAAACAGAACCCUGGAGAGUCUUCGGAAUGUUCUCUAUCUUCUUCCCCAGCGAGUCAAGCGCUUUGGAAUAAUGGGACUCUACAUAGGCCUUGAAGCCAAGCUGCUCCAGACCGUGCUCACAGCUGCCCUCAUGUUCCUGGUGUAUGAGAAACUGACAGCUGCUACCUUCACUGUAAUGGGCCUGAAGAGCACACACAAGCACUGAGGUCCUCCACGGAGCAGUGUGGAGAUGCACAUGCU